CAUUUCUAAUGCGCACACAGCAAGUUUCAUCGCCGAGAAGAGAGUCCCAGUCCGCUCGGCCUCAUUGCGCGUUUGAUUAGAAAACGAUUGGCAAAAAUUGCAUGCUCGUCCUCAGCGACGGGCGACGACAAUAAAACGCGAGUUGCGCGAUUAUUCAAUUUAGAAAACGAAAAUUAGCAAAUCAAAUAUAUUUACUUACAUACAUAUAUACACACUAAUUUAAAUAAGUAAUAAAAUUUAAAUAGAAAUUAAUUUUUGCAAAAUAUGCUCGUAAAAUAAAUGCAGUGAAUUAAAUUAAAACCAGAAACCAGAAACCAAAAGCAGCAAAAUAAUUCGCUUUGAGUGCCAAAUGACCCAAGUGAUUUCCACGGUGGUUUUGUGAAAAAAAAAAAAAACAAAUUAGAAAAUUUAUGAUAUAGUGCUUUUCGCACGCACACACCUCCUACAUACAUAUAGUUUACUUCAAACAUGAUGGUAAUACAACAACAAGCCCUGUGGAGUAGUGCAACAAAGACGCAAACAGCGGCCGCGACUUCGCCUACCUCCGCCAAUGAGAAGCAAUCAAAUAGUGAAUUACAAUUACAACAACGUCUGGUGGACAAUGACAGUCCGGAAUUAUGUGCGAACGAAAGGAUUUUUAUUAAAACGGAACCCACCGAGUUCACACCGUUGCGAGGCGUUCAAGUGGAAGACGAAAACGAAGAUGCAGACGAAGACGAAGAUGAAGAUGAGCAGGAAGCGUUAACAGAUCGGCAUAAGCAAAAUGCAUUCGCUGGACACUUGCGAGAUUCACCGUCACCUUUACGGACUGCAGCUGACCACACCGACAGCCGUGAAGAUAGCACUGAGUGCGGUGGGCUGCAACAGGGAUGCGCUACUAUCUCACCGGCGAAGAACUUGAGUAAGAAGCGGCGUUAUGAGGCGGACACAGAGCUGGACGAAGUGGUCAACUUGGCGCCGCAAUCACCGAAGAAGAUGGCGCAUUCGCCAUGCCGGUCCACAGCGCCUGAUAUAUCAAAUGCUCUACGUCCGGACGAGUAUGUUUCGCAGCUGCCCGAUAACGCCUCGAAUCUUUUCGCAGCACUCCAGAGCCCGCUGGCUCCACUGCUGUUGCAAAAUCAUCUCGGUAUGGGGGCACCCAAUUUCGCCGCCAGCGAAAUGCAGCAAGCUUUCCAAAUUCAGCUACAGAGUUACGUGGAUAUGAUGCGUCAGGUAGCGCCGGAGAGCUUUCAAAACCCAACCGCCACACAUUUUCUACUUCAAAACUCACUCCAGGCGAUGGCGCAAUUUCAGGCCUUGCAGCAAAUCAAACAGCAACAACAGCUACAACAAGAGCUGCAGCAGCGCUUCAGCGAAAGUGAGGAGCGUCAACCGUUAGCCAGGCACAAGGCGCACGGAACACCAGCGAAAGCCACGAAGCAUUUUUCAACGCCGCUGGGCUCAUCGCCGCUGCGUAGCCCGUCGCUUAGUCCAGUCAGUCGCCAUCACUCGAAAUCCUACCGCCCUGCACAUGACGAUGAGGAGGAAGAAAGAGGAGAGGAAAAUUCUUCUAAGCAAACGACACCACCCAACUCAGCUAUGGGUCUGCAAAUGGGCAGCGCCAUCCUAACGCCAAAUACGCCUGGCAUGAAUUCCAUUUUCCCCGGCUCGCUGCCCGGCCCUGCGAUAAGCUUUACUAGCACGCCACAAAACAACAAAACGAUGGGCGCGAAUGUAUUGUCAGCGGCAGCACGCAGUCUUGACCAAUCACCGGAGGAGACCACGGAUCUUGAAGAACUCGAACAGUUUGCCAAAACUUUCAAGCAACGUCGCAUUAAGCUCGGCUUUACGCAGGGCGAUGUCGGUUUGGCAAUGGGCAAACUGUACGGCAAUGAUUUCUCACAAACGACCAUCUCACGAUUUGAAGCGCUCAAUUUGAGCUUUAAAAAUAUGUGCAAACUAAAGCCACUGUUGCAAAAAUGGCUGGCCGAUGCAGACAAUACUAUCUCAAAGACGGGCGGCGUAUUCUCUCUCAGCUCAAUGACGACGUCAAUCAGCACACCAGAGAACAUCAUCGGCCGUCGACGCAAAAAGCGCACCUCAAUUGAGACCAAUGUGCGCAGCACCCUCGAGAAAGCAUUCAUGAUGAAUUGCAAGCCCACCUCAGAGGAUAUCAACAAUUUGGCUGAACAACUGAACAUGGAUAAGGAGGUGGUGCGAGUGUGGUUCUGCAACCGACGUCAAAAGGAGAAACGUAUCAAUCCCGCCUUGGACAUGGACAGCCCCACCGGCACACCACUCAGCAGUCACAUUUUCGGUUUCCCCGCACAAGCGCUCAGCAUGUCGAACAGCCAUGAGGCAUCCUCCAUGUGCGGCAGCUCGAUCAGUUCGCUAUCGCCGCAUUGUGUCGGCAAGCAAGAAUGAUCCUGUGGCUAUCGGAAUGUGGCACGCAAAAAGAAGUCGUCAUAUCGGGUGGAAAUGCUUAAACCAAGUCUAACAUAUCUGCGAAGUCAUAACGCGCCACUGGAAUAUAUCGGUCGUGUUGGUGAUCAGUUGCCGUACCUCGAAAGGCGUCAGGAGCUGGAGAGGAUUUGGCGCUUUUGCGAGAAGUCGAGUUGUAAAAUGUCCACGUUUGAAACGUAUUCGCAUUACACCGAGCUAAUCUAAAGAUCAGACAUAUUCACACUCACACACACAGAAAUACUAUUGCAGUAUGUACAGUACAUAUGUAUAGCUAUUGUACAUAGCUACACAUUAUAUUGAUAUUGAAGUAAAUAUCAAAUGCAGUUAGAAUGUUUAAAUAGUUUUACGAAAUUCUAUCUCUUGACCAUAUCAACAACAACAGCAACAACAACUCAAAACAGCAACACGCAGCUCCAUAGAAAGAGCCAUAAUUUAAUUAUAAUUAUUUAAA